AUGGCCGAAAUUCCUUACGCCGCUGCGCCAUUCUACACCGACCCAUGGACCACCACAUGGGUACCGCAGCACUACCCACUCCACCACCACCCGUUCGAGCACACGCGCCACGCCAUCGGACACGCCUUCAAGGAACUCGCAUCGUUCGGGAACCCGGCAGCACUGCCGCACACGCUGCUCUGCCCGCGCAUCGACCUGCGCGAGUCACCCACGGAGUAUUGCAUUGAUGUCGAGCUACCCGGAUUGAAGGACAAGCAUGACAUGACGCUCAAGUGGGUCAGUACCAGGACGCUGCUGUUGAGGGCGUUAGUGAAGGGAGAGGAUGGAGGAGUGAAGACAGAGGAGGCCGAGGCGGAGAAGAAAGAGGAGGAGGAAAUGGUGAAGAAGGAGGGAGAGGAGGAAAAGCCGGAAAACGAGGCCAACGGCGAAGAGGCCAAGCCGAAGGAGGACCCUGGCUACUUCAUGACGGUCCACGAGCGCAAGACCGGUGUCUACGGCCGCGCCUUCAACUUCCCCGUCGAUGUGAGCCAUGACGGCGCCACGGCUGAACUGGAGGCCGGCGUGUUGAAGAUUCUCGUGCCGAAGAUCUUGGAUCGAGAGAGGGUCGAUAAGGAAGUGCACAAGGUGGAAGUCAAGAAGCCAGCUCAGAUGGAUUGGUUGGCUUUCGCGCCAAUGUAA